GUCCCCGCAUCAAAAGCCGACAACAUCCCCACUGUUUCAUUUGCAAAGUCAAAACUCAAAAACCUAACACUUCUUUCCUUCGCCAAAAUUCUCCACCGCCAUUUUCAGUUUUCAAAGAAUAGCAAUAAGACAUUUUGAUAGUACUAUAUAAUAUACAUAUAGUUCUUAUUUUUUUUGUGUGAGACGCAAUGCAAGGAUCUUAAUCAGCAUACUAAAUAGAGUGGUGUCAUCAGAUAACACUAUUCUAGGCAUUCUCGUUACAUCCAAGAUACUAUUCAAAACGGGAGAGCAAGGAAUGAUCUCAGCAUAGCAAAUCCCGCCACCUAUAUUUCUAUGAUUUUAUUGACGUGAUCAAGGAAUCGGAAAAAGGGUGUGUUUGGUGCUGCCAUGAUGGGUAAUUUUACGAGACCCUCAUGGGCAGUGAUGUUUUUGUUGUUGGCUUUGGUGACGUUUGUCUCGCUCCAGCGUCCCGGGAUGACGGUUUUUCCGAUAUGGUUGCGUUCGAGUUCGUCGGAAGCCGAAACUGGCGGGUCGGAGGAUUCUCCGAGCUGCUCCGGUUAUUUUCAGGGCGUCACCGGAAGAAAGUUUGUCAUGUCGAUCAAGGAUUUUGGCGGCGUUGGUGACGGGAGAACUUCGAAUACCGAAUCGCUUCGGAAGGCUAUACGGUACAUGCAGCGUUUCGGAGGUACGGGUGGGUCCCAGCUGAAUAUUCCCAGAGGAAGAUGGCUCACUGGAAGUUUUAAUCUCACUAGUAAUUUCACGCUUUUCCUUGAAGAAGGCGCUGUUAUUUUGGGUUCUCAGGAUCCAAAGGAGUGGCCUUUAAUUGAGCCAUUGCCGUCUUACGGAAGAGGAAGAGAAAGGUCCGGAGGAAGACAUAUUAGCCUUAUACAUGGAAAUGGCCUUCAAAAUGUUGUCAUCACAGGACAAAAUGGGACAGUUGACGGUCAGGGAAACAUGUGGUGGGAACUUUGGUGGAACAAAACUUUGGAGCACACAAGAGGUCACCUCCUUGAGCUAAUGAACUCGGAAAAUGUUCUAGUCUCAAACCUCACCUUUCGAAAUUCUCCCUUCUGGACCAUCCAUCCUAUUUACUGCAGAAAUGUUGUUGUCAAAGGGAUGACAAUCUUGGCUCCUCUCAAUGCCCCAAAUACUGAUGGUGUAGACCCAGACUCAAGUACCAACGUGUGCAUUGAAGAUAACUACAUAGAAAGUGGGGAUGAUCUUGUAGCCAUCAAAAGUGGUUGGGAUCAAUAUGGAAUCACCAUGGCCCGUCCAAGCACCAAUAUUGUAGUGAGGAGAGUUUCAGGCACCACACCAACUUGUUCUGGUGUCGGAAUAGGCAGUGAGAUGUCCGGUGGAAUUUCAAAUAUAACAAUUCAGGAUUUGCAUGUUUGGAAUUCUGCAGCUGGUGUGCGUAUAAAAUCUGAUUAUGGUAGAGGAGGGUAUAUAGCAAAUGUCACCAUUAGUGACAUAAGAAUGGAGAGAGUCAAGAUACCCAUCAAGUUUAGCCGUGGUUCAAAUGACCAUCCUGAUGAUGGAUGGGAUCCAAAAGCUGUUCCCGAGUUUAAGCGCAUUUUAAUCAGUAACGUGACAAGCGUAGUUUCAGCAAAAGCUGCACUUAUGGAAGGUAUCAAGGAUGCUUCAUAUGAAGAUUUGUGCUUCAAAAAUAUUACCCUGAUGGGUGUGCGCUCAUCUGCGGCAUGGCAUUGCGAGUAUAUUUCAGGCUUUGCCAGUGAGGUGUUUCCCGUGCCAUGUCCUGAGUUGCAUAACAAUGGCACUUCAUCCUGGUGUUUACCUUCAUGACUUCCCGUGAAAUGAUAGUGAAUGUUUCCAACAUGCACUGGGAAAUCAGAGGGUUUCCAUUUUUGCACAUUGAAAAGUUAAGUCUUGCUUGAGCCGGAUUAUUGGAGGCUUUGAACCACAAAAACGUGCGACUGAAUUGAUCUUAGGCCUUGAAGGAAAGUGAUCUUUUAGGCCUGGUUGGCGCAGAUGAAUUGCCGGUGAGUUUAUGGCUGCAAUAUGCAAAGUUUCAUUGAACUGAUGCCAUGCCCUGUGAUUCCCCGUGGUAGCAAGAUGCGUGCAGAUGCGCCUGAUUGAACCAAGGUGUAUAGGAUGAUGCAACUUUUGUCAUUAUACGCUGAAUUACUGAUGUAUAAGAACUUUUCUUCUUUGGGAGAGAGGAAGAAGUU